GUGUGCGAAGACGCCGAUGCGCUGUACGCCAUAGCCGAGUCCAGAGUCAAACAAUCGCUCAAGAAAUGCGACGACGACCGUCGCAAAUCCAUCCAGGCCAAAGCCGAGGCAGACAGGGCCAACGACGAAAGGACCGCAACACUGUCGAGUGACGCCAAGACCCACUCGGAGGAAGUCGCACCAGCUGCGCCAGUAGUGGCACUGCCCCCAGCACCCAUCAUAGACUACACCCCUCCACUGACUGAUGAAGAGAUGAUCCAGGGUGUUAUUAAAUCUCUUACAAGGAUGCUCAACCAGUUUACGAUUGACGGAGUUCGCAUUGCAAGCAUAACAGAGCAGUGGGUGUAUGGCGAACGCCUGCUCCAUCCUGAGGACACGGUGCACGACUUCGACCGCCAAUUCAUGCGCAAUGAGCUAUUGCUGGGGGGGGCCAAACGCAGUUAUUUGAUAGGCGAUAUCAUGGGCAAAUGCGCCGUUAUGCAUGUGACGACGUUUAUGAAGAAGCUGCCGCUGGGGGUCAAAGAAGAAGAUGUAUGGGUUGUUAAAUGGGCAUACGAUACCAAAAGCAAACGCUUUCGCUUGGCCGAUAGUCUCCCGAGAGUCACUACUUCCAACACCUCUGGCGGUUACCGUUUGGAACCACGUCCUGCUAUUGUGAAGAUGCCUAAGGCCGACAAACCCUCUAUAUACCGCGAAGGCUGGCAGCACGGCAUAGACUUCGGACUG